UAUUGGCCUUCUCUAUAUAAAGCCACCAAUCGUUACAAAACAUCACUUAGAAUUUAAGAGACAAAGAGUGAGUAAGAGAGGACAAUAAUAAACCUCCACAUAUCACACACACAUGGCUUCCCAACUUGUUAGUGAUGUAAGAUGCCAACCCUUACUAAUGCAGUAUGCAGCUUCUUAUGGCGAAAGAGGGAGCAAACAAAAACCAUUUCGUCGCCAAAACUAUGGUUAUCGUCGAAUAGAGAACAGCAUAAUCAACCCUGAAGAAAGUGCCACCUUCAAAGAGCACAAAAAUAAGAAGGAAUCAUCAUCAUAUGAAAAGGGUGCAAAACGUAGCACAAAUCUAGCUCAAGCACAGAAGCUUCAAAGGUUGGGAUUCUCUUACCUUGCUACAUCUUUUCUUUACAUGGUAAUUAAGGUUAAAGCAUUCUACACAGGUUUCAUUGGAGAUGUUGGUAAUGAAUCAAGAAUGGUGGGAAUUGAAGCACCAGUGGCAGAAGCAUAUUUCUCAGUUCCAGUUCUACCAAAUUAAGAUAGCAUAGCACCAAUAAUAGAGACAAUAUCAUGUUUGUUUGUAAUGUCUAGUAUAUUAGUCCCAAAAGUUAUAUAUUAUAGUUAUAAUGAUGUUUAUAUAUAUUACUAGUAUCAAAUUUGAGCUGAACUAUUGUAAUUAAUAAGCUUAGAUUUGCUAAAAUGUUCCCUACUUAUGCAGUGAGAUUACAUUUAUAGGAAGUGGUUCAUUUUUAUUCAAUGAAGCAAUAUUGUGUACAAGGGCAUUUUCUAUUGUACAAGUUCUAUCAUCAUAAGUAAAGCUUGGACAUCUAAAUUUGUAUA